CCCAAACACACGUAUCACUCGACGCUAUUUGUGUGCAAACCACACGACCCGCUGACGUGUUUUCAAAAAAGCAAACAUUUGGCGAAAACUCACAGCAAUUGAAAGCAACUCUUGAGUCGUGUCUUCAAAACGCGUUUGAAUUGCAAAUCAAUUUCAUUCAAGACAUCCAAACCUCUUAAACCACACACGAAAUGCCCGCACCGGCCAGUAGUACGUCAGUAGGAGCUGGUGGCCGAUCGCCGCGAGCGAUGCCCUCCCGGGGCGCCGGCGGCUCCGGCGGUACUGUUAAGCAGCGAAAGGUGGGCGGCGGGAGUGCCGGCGCUGGUGGAGCCGGCAGGUCGCGAGCGGCCGCCGCCAACAGCGGAGGGAUGUGGAGGUUCUAUACGGACGACUCGCCCGGCAUUAAAGUUGGUCCCGUACCGGUGCUGAUCAUGAGUCUCGUGUUUAUAGCAUCGGUUUUUAUGCUCCAUAUUUGGGGCAAAUAUACCCGUUCUUAAGCGAACGGUUCCCACACCACCACCUCUUAAACCAUUUAUUAUUAUCAAUGAUUUUAUGAUAUACUUUGCGAUUAAUUAUCCACUGAUUUGGACCAACAUUUGGGUUAAUAUAUUGUUUUGAUAAGAGUUUUAAUAAAAGCCAACAUUUCGUUCGCGAAUUAA